ACAGCAGUGAGUCCUAGCUGGGCCGGGAGCCCCGGCGGUGGAGGGAGGAUGGCGGGGCCCGGUCUGCCUGGGGUCCCCGGAGCUGGAACGAACGCCGGGGCCUGGGUACCCGGAAGGAGGGGCCUCGGCCGCCGCUGAGCGGGCCGGGCCGGGCAUGGGGAACUGCCUGUCGUCGCAGCGAUCCGGGACCGGGGCUGGAGACGAGGCGGGGGCCGGAGCCGCCGACGAUCUGUCUCUGCUCAACGACUCCGGGGACGGGAACAGCCUCCCCGGGGACCUGCCGCCGCCCCCGCCGCCCCCGCCGCCCUACAGGGGACGGGAGCCAAUCCCAGUGUACCACCCAUCUCCGGGCCAGAGUCGACUGGCCACACAGCUCACAGAGGAGGAGCAGAUCCGCAUCGCCCAGAGAAUUGGCCUGAUCCAGCACCUGCCCAAGGGUAUCUUCGACCCUGGCUCUGAGGGGUCCGAAAAGAAAAUGAAAGAGUGUGUGAUCUGCAUGUUGGACUUUGUGUAUGGGGAUGCCAUACGCUUCUUGCCAUGCCUGCACACCUACCACGUCCACUGCAUUGAUGACUGGCUCAUGCGCUCUCUCACAUGUCCCUCUUGCAUGGAGCCAGUGGACGCAGCCCUGCUUUCCUCCUAUGAGACAAGCUGAAUUUGGAACCUGGCAGCCAACAUGUCCCCUGGGCCUACUCAGCCAAACUGUGGAUCGGGGAUGCAGAGAGGGAAGCAGCAUGGCAUGGUUUCACACAUAUGGCUCACCUGAGGAAGUACUGCCUUCAACAUAGCCGAGACCCCACCCCCACCCAUCCUAGGGCACAGGCCUCCUUUCUGCUGGCAGGGGCUUUUGCUCCUGGUCAUUGUGGUGUCCCCAGGCCACCCCCACUCUAGAGGGAGGGUGACUAGAGAGGAACCUUAUAAAUGAUUAUCUCUGGGCUAGUUCCAGUAGAAGAAAUGAACAGGGCCCCUGAUCAUGUGGAAGACAAGCAAUAAAAUGUGUUGCACAUAAAAUGGA